AUGGCUCUCAAUUCUGCUGUGAGACUAAAUGCUGGUUGUUCGUGGUCUGUUAAAGUUGUUAAACGUUCUAGACCACAACUUCCAAUUGUUGACAAAUAUUUCACGAUGUCACAUUUACAAUUGGUGGUGGCACUUACUUUUUGUCUAUUCUCAUUAUCAUGGGCUAGUUCAGCUUCUAAUAGAAGUGAAGCUGCAAAAAAGUUUCAAAUUACUCUUGAUGAAUGCAAAGAAGAAGUUGGAGCGACUACAGCCGAUGUUCAGGAUUUAUUAGGCAGAAAACCAGCAUCCACAGUGGCAGGAAAAUGUUUUCGUUCUUGUCUUAUGAAAAAAUACAAAGUUAUGGAUUCUGAUGGAAAAUUCGAUAAAACGGCUGCUUUAGAGGAAGUUCGAAAAAUAAGCAAUGGAGAUGCUGGCAAAAUGAAAAUAGCUCAGAAUUUGACAAAUGCAUGUAGUGACAUUGAUGUGUCUUCUGAUCAUUGUGAAGCAGCAGCCGAUUAUGGUCACUGUUUCAGGGAGCAAAUCAAAGUUUUACGAUUACCACAACAUUAAGAAAUAAAACAGAUAUUCUUAAAAUAAUCAGAAUUAACAUAAUUGUACUGCUGCACACUUUCCU